CAUUGAAAAUAUAAUGAAGUGCGUAAUUGAAGGCAAUGGCGUUAAAGUCUUUGGAAAAGCAGUUCAUGCGCUGUCAAGAAUUGGUGAUGAGAUAUGGUUGGAUCCACUGGAGAAAGGGUUGGCUGUAAGGACAGUAAACUCAUCUCAGUCGGCUUAUGCCUGUUUCUGCUUCACUCCUCUGUUCUUCCAGCAAUAUAUUCCUGAUCCAGACAUUCAGAAAGACUGUGAAGCAGUAAAAUGCAAGUUAAACCUGAAGUGUGUGCUUCCCCUGUUCCGCUGUGCGUCAUGGAGAGAGCGCAGUGUGGACAAAUGUGAGAUAUCCAUCAACAUCCCAAACAGCAGGGUGAUAUUUCAGUUUCACUGCAGACACGGAAUAACAAAGACCUAUAAUUUGGGGUAUCAGGAAUGCGAAGCUUUGCAGGCCGUGUUCCCAGCUCACCUCAGUCCUAAUAUCCUAAUGGCCCAGUCCAAACUUUUAGGUGACAUUGUGGUGCAUUUCCCGGUUUCACAAGAAGAGGUCACUCUUUCCAUUUCCUCUUUUAAAGUAACCUUGAAGACCUUUUGUGAGGAAGAAAAUAACUAUAUCAAAGGUAUGAACACCGAGCUGAUGCUGCACCCAGAUGAGUUUGACUAUUUUCAGGUUGGAGAGGAUUCAGCCGUGACCUUCUGCCUCAAAGAACUGAGGGGGCUGCUGUCCUUUGCCGAGUCUUAUGGUCUACCAGUGUCUAGUCAGUUUGGUGUGGCUGGACAGCCCGUAUCCUUCACUGUAAAAGACAUGACGCUGGAGGCCCAUGUUGUGUUGUCCACCUUAACUGAUCCAAACCACGAGAGCCCAUCUCAACCUGCACCUGGGGAUGACUGUCCUGUCAACGUCCCCAAGACCUCCACAGCAGAAGUCUCCACAUGUGGAGGCUCUAUGGAGACAGAGGUGUGCGUCACUGAUGGGGAACAGGUGGCUUCCAGUCAGGGCAGUGAAGUUUUUAAUCCAACCCUUCAAAUGAGGAAGAUGAUUCAGCUUCAGACACCUGGAGAGAUGCUGCCAAGACCCAGACUGGCACCUGAAUCGGCCUUGACUACACCAGUAACACCAGCCACUUUUAAGAUCCGCUCACUACUCUUCGGGGCUGUAUACACUGAUGUAGUGGACAGUAAAACUGCAGAUUUACCCAGCCUGGCCUGUGCCAGUGACACAGAGGAGGAUGGAGGAACAGAGGAGUGACUCGGGUAACCAACAUAAGCUAACCUGAUGCAGGUAACACCUACUGCAAGAAUGCAUGGACUUUACAGCAUGAUGUAGCCUACAGUAAUUCAGUAGAUUAUAAAGACAACCUACAGUGUGUUAACACAGUUCUGCUGUUUAGAUUGUUUUAAGGUUAAUAUGUUUUGAAUUUGACGUUUUCCUUAAAUAUUGCUGUCAAG